AUGGACGAAAUCAAGCAGUUAGCCGAUGGUAAUGGCAGCAUGCAAGGACAACUACAGGAAAUGCUGAACCUUAUAGAGAAAACCAGGGCACGACUGAAUCGACUCAGAAAAUCGCUAACUGCUGCCCCCGCAAAACAACUGUCAUGUGGCGAUAACAGUAAAUCUACUCACUUAGGAUCUAAUGUACAGCAUUCCGAAGGAAGUCCCAUGAUGCAAAACCCUGUUCCAGAUCCUGUUCUUACGGGAGUAAUCAAAAGAAUUACCGUCAAUGGAGUUCCUCAAGUUUCAUAUAUGGAACUUGAGGAAUUUGAAUCCAUUCCUUAUUAUUUACGAGGCAGGCUGCGUGUUGAAACGAUUAAUGAUUUUAUUGAGUUAAUCAAUAAUGCCGCUUACUGUAAAUACAAGCUUCUGAAACUUCCUAGACACGAAGUGCCUAGAUACAAACUACACGAAUAUAGCGAGUACAAAAGGUUGGAGGCGGUGAAUGAGAGUGGAAUCAAAUUCAUAAUGACAAGUGAUAUUGGUAUAAAUCCCCUCGAUAACCAGAACAAAAUAUUUUUGGCCAUGUUGCGCCAUGUAAAACGCAUCAAGGAAAUAAGGAAUGGAGGCGACACAAAAAUUUGUUUCCUGUAA